GUCACGUGGGCUUCGCCGGCCAAUGGCAGAGCGUGUCGUGUAGCAGAGCGGCUGGCAGCAGAGGAGGCGGUCUCGAGUGUCAGUGCAGUAUAGAAGCGCCGCGGGCUUCGGUGGUACUGCUGUUGUCUGCGGGAGGCUGGAACUUCAGCGAUGGCUUCAGCUCAGUCUGUGCUCACAUUUGCAGUUUGUAUAUUAUUGAUAUCUGAAGUUAUACUGGCUAAAAAGACUUAUUAUGACAUAUUGGGUGUCCCAAAUAAUGCCUCAGAGCGUCAGAUCAAAAAAGCUUUCCAUAAACUUGCUAUGAAAUAUCAUCCUGAUAAAAAUAAAAGUCCUGAUGCUGAAGCAAAGUUUAGAGAAAUAGCUGAAGCAUAUGAGAUCCUAUCUGAUGAAAAUAAACGGAAGGAAUAUGACCAGUCUGGUCAUGAUGCGUUCAAUACUGGAGGAAGAGGGGGCAAUGACAAGCAUUUCCACCAACAUUUCAAUUUUAACUUUGAUGAUCUGUUCAAAGACUUUGACUUUUUCGGGGAGAGCCAAAACACUAGAUCAAAAAGACACUUUGACAAUGCCCACUUUAGGAGCCAACACGAUCCUUCUAAUAGGCAUAGACGCCAUUUUGAUGACUUUGGGUUUGGAGGAAGUUUAUUUAAUGACAUGUUUGACGAUAUGGAAAAGAUGUUUACAUUUGGCAGCUUUGGCAACUCACAAAGACACAAUAUGAGAACAGAAAGCAGAUUCCAUGGAUCGAGCAAGCACUGCAGAACAGUCACUCAGCGACGAGGAAACAUGGUCACAACCUAUACAGACUGUUCAGGGCAGUGACGGCCCAACCAGUGAAAAGCAUAUGAACCGUACCAGUUCAAGCUUUACUCUUAGAAUCUAAAAGUGCUACAGUGAGCAGCCUAAACAGAGCAUACAUCUAAUAGCAGGAAAACUACUGCCCCAUGCAUAGUCUGCCCAUUGUGUGAUAUAAUGUAAUAGGGUGCUAUUGUUACAUUCUGAUACCAUUAACUUAUUCUAGGUUUUCUUUGUAAAACUGCUAACCAGGUAUAUAACCUUUUUAUAUUUUGCCUUUAGAAGGGUAACUAUGCAUGGCCUGCUCCAGUAGAUUUCCAUGGCUGUAGUAUACACUGAAUAAUGUAAGAUACAACAUUUUGGUUUUGGCUUAAACUGGUUUACAGUGGAUGUCUGAAAGUAACUGUUUCCUCCUUACUAAUCCUUGCACUUAUUUCUUUUUUUUCUUUUUUUUUUUGCUUUGUUUGGCCUUCAAAACAUUGCAAACAGCAUAAUUUCUACAUUACUUCUGAUUUAUUCAGGCAGGUAAUCUGAUCGCUCUUAAAUUGUGUUCCUGUUCACAUUUUAUAUAAAGUCCCAAGGCUGUGUUUACAUGUGGCGCUUAACUAGGAGUACAGUGUCUCAGUAUCACCACAAUUAUCCCAGCAUUUUUUUUGGGAAGAUAGUGGUAAAAUUGAGACAUUGCCACAUGUGACCGCAGCAUGACAGCAGCUACUAACUGUUCCUGCAAGUUCUUCCUUCACAAAUAUAGAGUAAUUGAGAUCUAUAUGGCUGCAUGUGUGUAAUGUUGGUGGACACUGGUAGCGAUUUACCACUAACUGCCACACCAGUCUGAGACUUGAAUCAAUGACAAGUUCAGGUGCAUUUCAACAUUUAGGGUAUGUUCACACUGCAGAAUUCCACGCUGAGAACAUAAACAUCAGUGUGAAUGGGUUUCUGUGAGACCUGUUCACACUGCAGAAUUUGUGGGGGACAAUUCUGCCGCUGAAAUUGUUCCGCGCGAAAGUUCAUGUUCAUUCUUUGCGCGGAAGUCCGUGAACACUGCAUAGCCAUCAAUGGUGACGGCGCAGUGCCGCGCAGUCCUACCGCAAAGUAUUUCGGCGGCGGCCGCAGAAGGGAUUCUCCGCUCGCGGAAUUCUGCGAGCGUAGAUUCAGUUCACAAUCCGUAGUGUGAGCAUACCCUUAGCGGUAAAUCAGGAAUGAUGUAUUUUGGUCGGUAACUCCUUGUACAAGUAUCCUAAAAUCCAAACUGGCUCUUAAUUUCAACUUUCUCAUUUUUCCGUUGUGUUUUCAGCAGUUACUGGUGUGUAAAUGUAACGGUCUUAAAGGGUUAUCUGGGAAUAGGAAAACAGCUGAUUUUGUUUAAAAAAAAAAAGCACCACACCUGUCCUCAGGUUGUUUGCAGUAUGAAUGGAGGAGAGUUGAAAUGCCUCACAACAUGAGGACAGGUGUGGUGCUGUUUUUGGAAGAAAUUAGCUUUGUUUUUUCUAGUUCUGGGUAAACCCUGCUACUAUCAACUGGUUUCCCGCUGCAAGUUACAAUACCAAUUAUUUGAUUAGGUUUGCAGACUCUCCACUGACCCAUUCAAUUUAAUGUAGUGUAACUCUCGUCGGGAAUCCCGCUGCUAGUUACUAGUGAAUUAAACCCCCCCUUUUUUUUUUUUUUUUUUUUUUUUUUUACUUUUGCGCGGUCUUCCUGAGACUAGCUCAUGUUCUGCUUUUUACAGCAACUACUUUUUAUUUUUUUUGUCCUAGUAAAAAAAGUCUUCAUCUUCCGAUUAUUGGAGUUUAACUUAUCUUCCAUGAGUAUACAAGCAAUACAUCAUUGGAUUGGACAGAUGCAGCUGUGGAAUACUCUUAAUGUGCAAUAUUUUUACCUUUCCAAUUUAUGUAGUUUAAUUUUGUGUGUGCAAAGUGUUAUCAGAUGUUCUAUUUUUGUGUUUUAUUACUGUUCUUCCCUUGGCAUAUUCCAUAUGAUUAUUAAUCCUAGGGAUAUUUAUAAAUGCCACUUGUCUUAGCUCAUGUAAUAUGAGUGAAAAUAAAUGAUUAUUGGUAUAUUGGUCAUGUGUUUUUUUUU